CAUGGAGCUAGUAGCAAUGACGCUGCGGCCUGGCUUGUGCCGGGCGACGGCCCAAAUAUUUUUUUUGGUUUUUACGAUAGUGCACGCGAGAGACGGAAAGGCAUGUGGAGGAUGUCCGAAUGCAUUCAAGGAUUACAAAUGCAAUUGCACAGGACUCAAAGGAGCUUUCGGUGUCGAAGGUAUUCGCGGAAUGCCUGCCAGGCCAGGAGAUUAUGGCGAUGUUGGUUAUCCAGGUCCUUCAGGUCCAAAAGGAGAAAAAGGAUCUGAUGGGGAGUAUGGCGCUGGCGGAGAUAAAGGACCCAGAGGAGACGAAGGAUUACAAGGAAUGAUAGGUAUACUUGGUCGACCGGGAGACACUGGUGAAGCUGGUGUGCGAGGUUCAGCAGGUAUUGAUGGCUGUAAUGGUACAGACGGAGCACAUGGAGUUACCGGAGUUCCAGGCCGACCAGGUAUAAGAGGUAUUCCAGGUCCUGAGGGACAUCAAGGACCCCGAGGAGAAGCGGGAGAUGGAGGCGGUAAUUCCAUGGGAGUAAAAGGAGAAAUGGGCAUACCUGGUUAUGACGGUCCUCCGGGUAUUCCUGGUUUCGAGGGUCCCGAUGGUCCACCUGGAUAUCGUGGAUCUCCUGGCUACUCAGGAUUCGCUGGGGCACCAGGACCCAGCGGACCUGUCGGUGAUCCUGGCGAUCAAAGACCUGGUGCACCUGGACAACGAGGUGAUGAUGGGGAUCAAGGUAUAAAAGGAGAAAAGGGCGAAGGCUUCGCCAAUAAUCCAUGGAUUGGAAAUAUUGAUGUCAUUAACUUAAAAGGAGAGCCCGGAGAUCAAGGACAAAAAGGAGAACGGGGUGACCUGGGAAGGAAAGGGUAUAUAGGAGACAGAGGUUUAGCUGGAAUACCUGGACGAAAAGGAGAAGCGGGUUUCAAGGGAGACUCGGGAGACGACGGUCCUUUUGGUAAACAAGGGCGACCAGGACCUCGCGGGCCGUAUGGUGAAAAAGGAGACAAAGGUGCGCCGGGAUACGAAGGAGAAUACGGUUCUGAUGGUAAUAAAGGAGAACGUGGUGAAUUCGGGUAUCCAGGUACUCCGGGUACUCAAGGUAAAGAAGGACCACCAGGAGUAUACGAUCCUCUAUUUGAUGAACCAGGUAAAGAGGGAAACACGGGAAGACAAGGACCCGACGGACCUGUGGGAGAACGAGGAAUGGCAGGAAUUCCAGGCCAACCAGGACCACCAGGUCCACUAGGAGAACCCGGUAUGCCCGGCCCGCAUGGCAGGCCUGGAUUGCCAGGUUUAAAAGGUUUAUCGAUUAAAGGACAACGAGGUUUCGAUGGUUUACCAGGCCUUCCUGGUAACACAGGACCUCCUGGAUUAUCAGGUCCACCAGGCCCACUAGGAGAAAAAGGAUUUCCCGGAGAAACAGUAUAUGGGCCACCGGGACCGGGAGGUAUUCCAGGUCAACCAGGUUACGACGGACCACGAGGUGACAGAGGAGACGCUGGAGAUUUUGGUUUCAAAGGUUUUCCAGGUAAAGGUCAGCCAAUAAGAGGACCGCCGGGUGAUCCGGGUCCGAGAGGUUUACCCGGAAUUACAGGAGAUCCAGGAUAUCAAGGUAUGGACGGCUUCCCCGGCCUAAAAGGACGAAGAGGUGAUGAUUGUGGAGUAUGUAGACCAGGUUUACCUGGAGUAAAGGGAGAUGCGGGAACUGCAGGUAGAUUUGGAAGACCAGGAACUAUUGGAUAUCAAGGAUUACCUGGUCCACGUGGACCUAGAGGCAAAGAUGGAAGAACAGGUUUUGCAGGAGCAAUGGGAUUAGACGGUACACCAGGUACUGAUGGUUUAGAAGGAGUACCAGGUCCCGACGGAUAUCCAGGAAUUCUAAUAUACCCUUCAAAAAAUCAAAUCAAACCGGAUGAAGCUGAAAUAGGUGACGUCGGUUAUCCGGGUCCAGUUGGACCAGAAGGGCCUCCUGGAAUAAAAGGCCAGCUUGGGGAUGAAGGAUUACCCGGUCCCAAAGGUUUGACAGGAGAUAUCGGUGAACCCGGACGCCCUGGGAAGGACGGAUUCGACGGAAAACCAGGUUUCCCAGGUGAAAAGGGCGAACAAGCUCUUUUCUCAAAGUUACAACUACUUGGUGAUAGAGGUUUUACGGGACCUAGAGGUGACAUUGGUGAACCUGGACCUCCUGGUGAAAGGGGAUUUCCUGGAAUAAUAGUGGGACUAUUAUACAAACAAACCGGAGACAAAGGAGUUAAAGGAGAAAUAGGAGAUACAGGAUAUGAUGGACGAAUUGGUCCGAAAGGAUUUAAAGGAGAUGGAGGUUUGCAAGGUCGUCCAGGUUUAGCUGGUGCCCAAGGUAUGUCAUUCGAUGGACCAGAAGGACUUAAAGGUUAUCCAGGAAUAAGAGGAGACCAAGGUUCCUCUGGACCUUCAGGUUUACCCGGUAAACCAGGUUUUGAUGGAAUGCCUGGAAUUCACGGGCCUAAAGGAGAUCGCGGAGAAGCUGGAUUAGCCAUAUUAAAUGGAGAUAUUGGAAUAGUUGGAUUUAGAGGCCCUAAAGGAGAACCUGGAGAUUUUGGCCCUGAUGGACGAUCAGGUAUUCCUGGGCGACCAGGUGUAAAAGGAGAAAGAGGGUCAAAAGGUGCACCUGGAUAUUACGGAGCUCCUGGAUUACAAGGAGCGAAAGGACAAAGGGGAGUAAUACUACACGGAAUACCUGGAAGACCAGGAGCCCCGGGCCCGCAAGGAUAUCCAGGUCAAUUUGGAGAUGUAGGACCAAAAGGAGAGGAUGGAAUAUCGGGUCCUAUAGGUUUGCCAGGGGCGAAGGGAGAACCAGGAUUUGAUGGACUUCGGGGACUACAAGGAGAUGAAGGUCCAAUGGGAUAUCCAGGACAUAGAGGUACCGAUGGAUUAUCAGGAAUUCCAGGAGCACCAGGUGAACGAGGCAAUAUAGGUUUUCCAGGUCCACGUGGUCAUACCGGAGCUAAAGGUGUAUCAGGUUACGUGGGCAGAAAAGGAGAAAGAGGAGACAUUGGUUACCAAGGCUCCCCAGGUUUUUCUGGAGAACCUGGAUUACCAGGACUUCGAGGUGACGACGGAACUCCAGGAUGGCAAGGAGAAAAAGGAGAAAAUUCGAUUAGCGGAGAAAAAGGAGACAACGGAGAACCUGGCUUUCCCGGACCAAAAGGAUUUGAUGGACGUCCAGGACUGCCUGGUCUACCCGGUUUAUCAGGAGAUCCAGGAAGAGAUGUCGUAGGUCCAACUGGAUUUAAAGGAGAAUCAGGAGAACCAGGAAGGGAUGGAUAUAAUGGUGUCCCAGGACUUAAGGGAGAACAAGGAGACCAUGGAAUAGUAGGAUACCCGGGUCCAAUAGGAGAUAAAGGAACAUAUGGUUUGCCUGGAACACCAGGACUUAACGGUGCUCCUGGUUUUAAAGGUAGAAGAGGAGAUAUCGGAUUCUUUGGAUUUAAUGGCACCAAAGGUGAGCGUGGUAUGGAUGGUGAACCUGGAUUAAUAGGAAGACCUGGAAUGCCCGGUGAUGUCGGUUAUCCUGGUCUAGUUGGAUUACAAGGGGCAAAGGGUAUUAAGGGUAAUCGAGGACAAAUUGGAUUUGCACCUUAUGGCUUCGCUGAAAAAGGUGACAUAGGAGAUUAUGGAAUGGAUGGAAUAAUGGGAAUUAAAGGUAUCAUGGGUGAUAUCGGUUUCCCUGGACCCUUUGGAUCACAAGGAGAGAGAGGAGACAUGGGCUUCAGGGGAUUAUUAGGAGAACCUGGUUAUCCAGGUCUAGAUGGUAGCAGAGGUGACAAUGGCCCCCCGGGUCCGCCUGGAUUACCUGGACAAUUCCCAGAACCCGGCGAAAGAGGAAGGCCAGGAUUUGAUGGUAUACCUGGACGUGCGGGAUAUCCUGGUCAAAAAGGUGCACCAGGAGAAUUUGGUUUAGACGGACCUAUAGGACGAGCAGGAAUGCCAGGUCUAGGAAUGCCCGGAGUAAAAGGUGAAAGAGGAGACAAUGGUUUACUUGGUUUCCCAGGAAGGCCCGGCUCUGAAGGAAGGCCAGGAGUACAAGGAAGAAGAGGACCACUAGGACAAAAAGGUUUAGUAGGAGAUUAUGGAUAUUCCGCUUAUAGUGCAAAGGGAGCGACUGGAGAACCUGGAUUUAGGGGACUGCCAGGAUUUAAUGGAACAAAGGGAGAACGCGGUGAUUUAGGAUUAGACGGAUUAGAUGGACCCCGUGGACCUGAAGGUCUAAAAGGUUUACCUGGUAACUUUGGACUUGAUGGCCUGCCAGGUUUCAACGGUCUUAAAGGAGAAAAGGGUAAUCAAGGAGACUGGGCCGAAGAUUCUUUACCAGGGGAGCCUGGAGAAAUUGGUUUACCCGGAUUUAACGGAAUACUUGGUUUACAAGGAUUGUCAGGCCGUGCGGGAUUAGAAGGAGCUAAAGGAAAGAAGGGAGAACGAGGAGACAUGGGUCUAGCCGGAAUACCAGGUUUGAAUGGGCCUAAAGGUCUCCAAGGAUCACCAGGAUUCAGAGGACGCAUCGGAGUUAAGGGUUACCGAGGGGCGCAAGGAGCAAGAGGUGACGCUGCUCCUCAAUAUUCUGCACCCCAAAGUAGAGGAUUCCACUUUACAAGACAUUCCCAAUCGGAAAUUGUACCAGUUUGCCCCAAAAACACCGUCAAAAUGUGGGAUGGAUACUCUUUAUUACACAUAAUGGGUAACGAAAGAGCUCUUGGACAAGAUUUAGGUGCUCCUGGAAGUUGUUUAAGAAAAUUCAACACAAUGCCAUUCUUAUUCUGUAACAUUAAUGAUGUCUGUGACUAUGCGCAAAGUAAUGAGUACAGUUACUGGUUAUCUACAACUGAACCUAUGCCUAUGACUAUGACCCCUAUUGAUGCCCAAAACGUGCAGCGAUACAUCUCAAGGUGUUCUGUAUGUGAGGCUCCAACGAGAGUCAUAGCUGUCCAUAGUCAGGAAGUAGAAGUUCCACAAUGUCCAUCUGGAUGGGAAGCAGUCUGGUUUGGAUAUAGUUUCUUGAUGCACACUGAUGCUGGAGCAGAUGGUUCUGGUCAAUCUCUGGUAUCACCUGGUUCGUGUCUUGAAGAAUUCAGACCAAAACCAUUUAUCGAAUGUCACGCUCAUGGUAGAUGUAACUAUUAUACAACUGCUGUAUCAUACUGGCUAGCAACAAUUGAAGAUUACGCAAUGUUCCGUAAACCUAGACCAGAAACGUUGAAAUCUGGUUUUACACAGAAAAUUAGUAGGUGUGCUGUCUGUAUAAGGAAACGUAUACAACUUUAUCGACCAGUAACUACUCCCAUAGAAGUUCCUAGCGAGAUUAAUCGGCCAGUACAACCACAACCCUAUCGGCCUACGGGAAAUAGGCCAUCAUAUCAACCUUCUUACCCUAGCUAUAGGCCAGCAGAAUAUAAUCCCCCAAGUCCACCUAGAAAUUAUAGACCAUCCUCAGUAAGUAAUCCUAGACCAGCAGAAUAUAAUCCCUCAAGCCCAGCUAGAAAUUAUAGACCAUCCUCGGCAAGCAGUUCUAGUUAUAGACAGCUACAUUCUACACAGAGAUACCCGGGACGACCUGGUUACAGAAGGAGAAGACCACAAGCUAGACCGGGUCAUUGAACUUCAAUUGUGCCAUAAAUUUAAAUUAAUGUAAUUAAUGUACAGUAUAUAUUUAUAUUUUAAGUAAAGUAUAGAUAUUUUACCUUAACAAUUUUCCUACUUAAAAUUUAAUUUUACUUGAUUUAAGAGGGAAUCAAAAAUGUACAUUCGAUUCUCUAUUGGCCAAGCAAUAGAGCAUGUUAGAAAGAAGUAACCAACGUUUUAAUUUGGUGCCAUAGUCUAUAAUAUUUUUAAUUGUAUUAAGCUUGUUACAAUAACUCCAUUGUGAUUCAUUUGUAUGUGUGUGUGUAAUAGAUCGUAAGCACUGCCAAAAAUAGUUUGUUAAUAAAAUAAAUGCUAUUUCUACA